AUGGAAGAAGGAAAUAAUGGAAAUAAUGGAAAUAAUCAAAUUUCUAAUCCCAUGACAUUGACUCAGCAAAGGUCAACUAGGCCAAGGUUCCAAUUCACGCCACAACACAAGGAACUAUUAGAAAGUGUUUAUCAGACGUCCGCUUAUCCUGAUAAAACAAGCAAGCAACAGAUUGCUGCUCUAAUUGGGGCAACUGAAAUCCAAGUAAAUGAGUGGUUCCAACGAAGGAGGAAGAAAGAUCCUGCUAUUUCAACUAAAAUGGCUGCUAAUAUUUCAAACACUGGCAGUCAUACUAGUCAAUUUAACGCCAUGCCAAUAAUAAGUAACAAUGCUUUUACCAACCUGUUUAAUAGUGGCAAUGCCACUCCAACUCAAAAUAUUUCUACUGCUCCGUCGGUUACUACCCCUCAAGUCCAGUUUACAUCGUCGGCGAUUACGUCACCCUUUCUUCCUUAUAGUGGAAGUGUAAAUCCUCCAAUACCAAAUCACGAAGUAUAUGUAUAUAUCGGGGACAGUCAAGGCGCUACCACAAAUUCUGACAAUAAAUCAGAGAAACGUGACGAAAAAAAUAUGAGCACUGAUACAUCUAGACAAUUAAUAGAGAGUAUAAUGCCCUAUUUAAAGUCAGAUCUGGGCUUAAUCUCAUCUCAGGUUGUUUAUGACUUUCUUCACAAAGUAAAAGAUGCUCCUUUGUCUGCGCGUGGUUCAAUUCUUCAUAUAAUUGAUCAAACCAAAGAUAAUGAAACAUUAAAAUGUUUAGUAAAUGAAAGGGUUUGUUAUCUUUUAAGGAAUUGGAUCAAAGAAGAAGCAAAAUUACCCGACAGCGACUUAUUAUUGAAGCUACUCCAAACGGUUAAUCAUCUUCCCAUUGACACCGAAGCUCUAUCUUCAAGUGGUCUUGGAAGAGUUGUUAAUAAUACCCGAGUUAAAGAUUCACAAAUACCGGGUGUAUCCGCAUUAGCAUCUUUACUCAUAAAUAAAUGGAUAGAAGAGAAAAGACGAAUAGAUGUUAAAGUUUCUACAGAAACUACUAGACCAGUAGCGACAUCUAGUAGUAAUAUCAAGACAAUUACAAAAUCUUCAACGCCGAUAUCCUCAAAAUCAUCAAAUCAAUCAUCUCAAUCAUCACAGAUGACAUCUAAAUUAAUCAAAGGAAGAGAUAGUGGGUUUUCAAGGUUUGUGAAACCAGAACAGAAGACGAAAGAGAUCGAUCCCAAGAUACGGGCGAGACCAGACGCAAGUCUUUUUGAUGAAAUUCUUGGUAAUCUUUCCAUGUCCAAACCGCCGACAAAGCAGAUGACACAAACUAAUAACGAAAAACAAGCUUCACAUGAAUCACAAGAUAAUGAAAGACAAAGUACUCAAAGUACCAACGUACAACUGAAUACAUCAUCAUUAGGUUCUACGGUUCAAAAAUCAUCAUCUAUGGAAAUAAUUGAAGAUAGUCCAACUACAAAUUUAAGGGAUAAUAAUAGGAAAGAAAUUAAAUCAGUUUCAUCUAAAAAAAGAAAGAGGGUUACAUUUGCUACUGAACUUACUCAAGUUAGAUUGUUUGAAGAUGAGGAACCCGAAGAGUUAGAAUUUUCCACAGCAAACACUCCUCAUCAAUUUGGUAAUGCUCGAGAUUUAGACAGAAAUGAAGGAUUGACAGCAUUCAAGAGAGAGGAACGAGAACGACAAAUUUUAGAAGCAAUUUACAUCACAUCAGAUCAAGUACCGUUUUCACCUGCAGAACCUGAUGAAAAUUUACAGCCUCACAUCAAGUCUCGUGAAAUAGCUUUAUAUGAAGAAUUUAAUAAUGAACAUGAAUAUGAUGAUCGUACAGAUAGUGACUUUUUUGAAAAUGAUUUAGAUAGUUCACCUAGUGAAGAAUUAUUAAGAACAUUACAUCAGGAAUGGAAAUCCAGAAUGUGGUACACAAUCUGGUUGGGAGAAUGCCUAUAA